AUGCCGGGCCCGGUCAAAGAAACAGACCUGACGGAGAGGAUUGAAGCGUUUCUGUCCGACCUGAAGCGCGGAGGCAGCGGGACGGGUCCUCUGCGGGGCUCGGGGGAGACAGCCCGGGAGACGACGGCCCUGCUCCGGAAGAUCAUUGCUCAGGCCCGAUGGAGCAGCGCAGGUGAUCUGAUGGAAAUAAUUAGGAAGGAGGGGAGGAGAAUGACAGCCGCUCAGCCUUCCGAGACCACGGUGGGCAACAUGAUCCGGCGCGUGUUGAAGAUCAUCAGGGAGGAAUACGCCAGGUCCCGAGGCAGCAGUGAAGAAGCCGACCAGCAGGAGUCCCUCCACAAGCUGCUGACCUCCGGAGGACUCAGCGAGGAGAACUUCAGGCAGCAUUUCGCUGCUCUCAAAGCCAACGUCAUCGAGGCUAUCAAUGAGCUGCUGACUGAGCUGGAGGGAACAACGGACAACAUCGCCAUGCAGGCUCUGGAGCACAUCCACUCCAACGAGGUCAUCAUGACCAUCGGCCGCUCCCGCACGGUGGAGGCGUUCCUCAAAGACGCCGCGCGCAAACGCAAGUUCCACGUCAUCGUGGCGGAGUGCGCUCCCUUCUGCCAGGGACAUGAAAUGGCGACAAGCUUAUCCAAAGCUGGCAUUGAGACCACCGUGAUCGCAGACGCAGCCAUCUUCGCAGUCAUGUCUCGCGUUAAUAAGGUCAUCAUUGGGACUCAGACGGUUCUAGCGAACGGGGGGCUGAGAGCCGUCAACGGGACACACACGCUCGCCCUCGCCGCUAAACACCACUCCACACCGCUCAUCGUUUGUGCGCCCAUGUUCAAGCUCUCUCCACAGUUUCCAAAUGAAGACGACACCUUUCACAAAUUUGUUUCCCCUCAUGAGGUGCUCCCUUUCACUGAAGGAGAGAUUCUCUCAAAGGUGAACGUUCACUGUCCAGUGUUCGACUACGUCCCGCCUGAGCUCAUCACUCUGUUCAUCUCCAACAUCGGCGGACACGCUCCUUCUUACAUCUACCGACUGAUGAGUGAACUUUACCACCCAGAAGACCACGAACUCUAGUGAUGCAAUUUAGACAAUAAAUAAAUUAACUGUCAACGCCGUGUCAUUCUUCAUGGAAGUCUUCAGCUGUUCUGAAAUCGAAAUGUACAG